AAUUAGACAGCAUAACAAUACAAACUCCGCCUAUUCUGCUUGCUCUCACUCUCUCUCUCUCUCUCUCUCUCUCCAAUUUCAUCUUCUGGAUAUAUUGUGGAAAGUGGAGGAAAUGGCAGGAGGAGAUGGCCAGAACAUCACCCGAGUUCUCUUUUGUGGGCCACAUUUUCCUGCUUCGCAUAUUUACACUAAGGAAUACUUGCAAAACUACCCUUUUAUCCAGGUUGAUGAUGUUCCUCUCAGUGAUGUGCCUGAUGUUAUAGAGAAGUAUGACAUCUGUGUUUCCAAAACUAUGCGGCUUGAUUCUAAUUGUAUAUCUCGUGCUACUCACAUGAAGCUUAUAAUGCAGUUUGGUGUUGGCCUAGAUGGUAUUGAUGUUGAUGCUGCUACAAGGUGCGGAAUCAAAGUUGCUAGAAUUCCAGGUCACAAUACAGGAAAUGCAGCAUCAUGUGCUGAAAUGGCUAUAUAUUUUAUGUUGGGCCUUCUCCGUAAGCAGAAUGAGAUGCAAUUUUCUGUAAAGCAGAAAAAGCUUGGAGUUCCAGUUGGUCAAACCCUACUUGGCAAGACAGUAUAUAUAUUGGGAUUUGGAAACAUAGGGAUUGAAUUGGCAAAGCGUUUAAGACCAUUUGGUGUAAAAAUCAUUGCCACAAAACGGAGUUGGAAAUCACAUUUACAUGUUUCUGAUCAACCAAAUGGGCUCCCCAUUCAGGAUGGUGUCAUUGAUGAUUUGGUUGAUGAAAAGGGUAGUCAUGGAGAUAUUUAUGAGUUUGCUAGCAAUGCUGAUAUAGUUGUAUGUUGCUUGAGUAUGAAUAAAGAGACAGAAGGUAUUGUAAACAAAUCAUUCAUAUCGUCAAUGAGAAAGGGUGCCCUUUUGAUAAAUAUUGCUCGAGGGGGUCUCCUAGACUAUGAGGCUGUUUUGCAGUACCUUAAGUCUGGUCACUUGGGAGGCUUAGGCAUUGAUGUUGCUUGGACUGAGCCAUUUGAUCCAGAUGAUCCAAUUCUAAAGUUCGACAAUGUUCUAAUCACUCCUCAUGUUGCAGGUGUAACAGAACAUUCUUAUAGAUCCAUGGCUAAGGUUGUUGGAGAUGUCGCCCUCCAACUUCAUGCAGGUACUCCUUGGACAGGCAUAGAGACUGUGAACUGAUUCACUAGAUAGCCUUUACGAUUUGGAUCUUUAUUAAAUGAUCAGUGGAUUCAAUCUUCAAUGUUAAGGCCCUUCUGAGAUGUGCGCUUUGUAAUGCUUCAUAGGUAGGUCAACUAUGGCCAGUGAUUUUCAUGCAUUAAACCGUACUUAAUGACAUGGUUGGAUUUGGUGUUUAUGUUGUCUGUGAUGUCUAGAGAAGAGCAAUUUCAUUGUAAAAUUCUCUUCCCCCCAAUUUUACAGUCUUAACAAUGUUUAUAUUGUACAUUAACAUAUUAAGCACAAAUUACCUUUAUUUCAAA